CAAGAAAGCUACUGGGUCUACUUCGUUGGGGAAGGGAUUGCUGGCCGUGUUUUGUGCAAACAUAUUCCUCGUUUCCCAAAUGGUCCACUAUAAUUUCAAAAAAAGUGGAGCUGCUGUUUAGUUCCCAUUCCAAGAAUCUGUGUUCCUUGCGCAUUGUAAUAUAGCCUACAAGGCUUUUAGGCCUUAGAAAAUGAGUGUAAACAGCACCCUUUUGGACCGGAUCAUUUUCCACCCAACUUUGUGUGAUGAUUGGAAGAUCUUUUCCGAAGGGGCAGCCUACCACUUGGCCGCUUGCAUCCUUCUCCUGGGAUUGAUGGGGGGAAGCGGCCCCUUUGGUGCCAUGUACAUCUUUGGUUUCCUGGCUACGGGCUUCCUCUGCUUCGCUCUCUGGGGCUGGCUGGAUGCAUGCGGAGUCGACAUCUUCACCUGGAGCAUGUUUUUAGUUUUGAUUUGUGUGCUUCAAUUAGCACACCUCGUUUACCAGCUACGGAAAGACACGGUGUCCGAAGACUUCGACCAGCUUUACAAGCAAGUGUGUCAGCCGCUGCAGGUGCCCUUCCAAGUGUACAAAGAAAUUGUCAAGUGCUGUGAGGAGCAGGUGCUGCCAUUGGCCAGAGACCAGGCCUAUGCCGUGGAGGGCAAGACAGCCAUCGACCGCCUGUCUUUCUUGCUGUCAGGCAGGAUCCGAGUGAGCCAGGAUGGGCAGUUUCUACACUAUAUCUUUCCAUAUCAGUUUCUGGAUUCCCCAGAGUGGGAAUCGCUACGGCCAUCUGAAGAAGGAACGUUUCAGGUCACUCUGACAGCCGAGACGGACUGCAGCUUCAUCACCUGGCCGAGGAGGAGGCUGUACUCCCUGCUAGCAAAAGAGCGCUACAUUGCCCGUCUCUUUUCAGUCCUGCUGGGCUACGACAUCUCCGAGAAGCUGUAUGCCCUGAAUGAAAAGCUUUUCGCCAAAUUCGGUCUUCGUUUUGACAUCCGUCUACCCAGCCUCUACCACGUCCUGGGACCUGCCUCUUCAGAGACUGAGAUGGAGCCCGAGCCGGCUGAGCCCGAGCCAGUGCCCUUACGCCCCCCGUCGCUGACCUUUGUGCAGUCCGCCCCCACAGCCUCUCGUGCACCUCCCCCCGCAGCCCCUUGUGCCCCUCUCAGGAUACCUCGGCCUGACAGUGACCUGUCCGGUGAGGACUCUACCAGUCUUGUAUUGGAAGAUUUUGCUGAGUUGACAGGGUCCUUUAUGGACUAUGUGAGCGAAGGGGAGUAUAUGAAAUGAGGGCACUUCUAACAUGGGCACACGUCACCCGGUGUAACCUCUGGACGCCCUCUGAGAAACAACCGCCAAGCCCUUGCGAAAGGACGUGCCCCGCUCGCUCCCACUCAGACCCCAGAACUCUAGCGAACAACCGUUUGGGCUCGCCAAGACUGUCCCUAUACCACCCAACAGGCACAUGUGUCCGAUCAGAAGAAUGUUUGUUGCUUGUGUGUCCACAUGUGAGUUUCACUGGGAAGCGUGUGACACUCUUGAAGUACUUGCAUGAGACCAGCGUGUGAUAGUAGGACACUUUUCCACAGCUUGUCGAUCGUCUCCAGCACACCUUUAGCUGCACGUGUCUUCUGAACACUUGGCCCAUGGCUCUGUCAUCAAACAUCGUGGAAAGACAAUGGCAUACGGAGUCAAAGGUCCUUGCUUUCUGCCGAGGGCCUGGCAGGUCAGCAUUUCCCAAACUGGGGGGGUGGGUGUCUGUGGGUCACAUCUGAGUCUCUAACCUGAAUGGGGGUGACCAUCUUACUGGGAAAGACGGGGAGGGGGAAACUGCUCACCUUUAGAGGUUCUGCCUGUUGUGUUGGGAAGCAGCAGCAGCAGAGCAAAAAUGCACACACGAUACUGGCCUGGGUGGCUGCUGGGGCCUCUGAUCUCACAAGAGAAUGGAGACCACCCCCCCUACACAGGUCAGGCAUGUCUUGUUGCACACUUUUUAAAGGACCGGGAAGCAGCUGAAGAAGCCGUGCUCUGUCUCCAGGCUGAUCAAGGUCCCUUGAAGAGGAAGGAAUGGGUGACGCUUAACCCUUUCCCCUCCACUUCUGAGGCAAAAGGGCUCUCUGGUGCCUGGCAGGCACCAGCAAGGGAGGGGCUGUAUGGGGGGGAGUGGCCUGUGAAAAUGUUCAAAUCAAAGAGCGGUCCUUGGGUUGCUUGCGUUUCAGGAAUCUGUACUAGUUCCUCACCAUCAAACAAAGCGCAUAAAAUAAAUUUUCUGUGUCUCCUGUUUCGCUGGGCAAAAGGGGUGUUUGCUAAAUUGUGACUACUCUGGAUUGCAUCUUGCAAGAGAGGGGAGGAAAAAAAGAAGAACCAGGUGCAAGGUGAAAAGAUUCAUUAAAGAUUUUUAAGAUCCCUAUGCAUUUCACUUUAGGCCUGCUCAGGAGAUCUGUUGUAAAAUACUCCAUAGAAGCUAUGUUAUCGUGUCCGUUCUUAUCACUCUAGUUUGAAUUAUGUAUGUAAAUAUUUUGAUGUUCCUUCCAUUCUGGAAAUAACAAUUGUUGCAGUUCUGGAUGCUGCUAAAGAAGCUUUUUAAGAUAAACCUGUAACAUGCUCCAAUGGAUAUCUUUGUAUUAUAUUUUAAUGCUUCUAAUUUUAUUAAUUAAUUGUUCUAUUUUGACAAAUCAUGUUUUUAUAACAGAUUUCCUGAUGAAAGCUAAAGCAAAAUGCAGAGAGAUGAAAAAACCUUCAAUAAAUCCUUCCACCUUGUACCUGGCUCUUCUUUUGUUCUGCUUACUGGUGCGUCCAUUGUUUCUCCAGCAUUCUGGGACUGGGGAGCCACACCUAUAAGCUCAAGAGACAGGCCUUCCUUAAGCUGCUAAAUAACUGCUGUGUUUAGCUGAGUACUAUGUUUAACAAACCAAAAACACAAGACAAAACCCAAAAAACACAAGACAAGACAAGCUGAAGGUCAGGAACAUUUUCCAAACAGUGAAUAUCUAAGGCAUUUUAGACACUCUCAUUGGCCAUUUCCGCACGUCCUAACAUCGCACAACCCU